CUGCUGAGCUAACAGCUGCACCAAUCGUGUUAUGGUUUUGUUUUGCCUCCCAUGUGCGCUUAUCAUGAGGUAAGACAUACAACAGCGUCAGCUUUCUGAUCAUGUCUGCUCAGCUGUCGCUGGCCGCUGUUUUGCCUGAAACUGUGGUAGCCUGUUAGCUUACGGCUAGCUCCAUUGCAAGAUCAGCACCUAAUGUAUGCGGAAUGCGCAACCAUUGCGGAUGUGGUGCAGAAAAAAAUGCGCAUCGAUGCGACAGAACACAGAAGUCUUCACCACUGAGCAAAACCAGCGAAGCUGUUUUAAAAUGCUACACAGUUGUAAGCAGUGUUAUAUGUUGUUGUUAUAUUUCAGCUCUGAAGGCGAUUCUCUGCCUGGAUGCUGCAUCUCACUUUACAACAGCUGGACGUGUAGAUGUGGCUCUUAAGCCUGCGCCAGGUGUUUUUACACAGUGUGUGUAUGUUUGCAGUUACAUGUCAGUGUAAAUGAACAUUUUAGACAUGGAUUUAAGUGGCUGCAGCUGGCUGUAAAAGUCUCUGGAGUGCAUGCUCCAAUCAGACGGGAUGAUUGCAUCUUUCAUCAAGCUGCAGCGAUGACUUGAUUCAUUUGAAGACCAGUGUUAAAAAAACAAUAUUGUAGGAUACUUCUUCUAUUUGAUUUGAAAUCACCUCAUGCUCUGUGUGGCAGCUGUGCCCAGAGCAGGUUCAUAAUUAUCUGAGACAAUAUACUGAAGAGUUGUAAUGACUUCAGCAGUAAGUUCAGUUGUACCUUGAACUUAAUGGGGCAGCAGCUGCCAGUAUCAGAAUUGGCCCGCCAGUCAGUUCUGCUGUAAAUCAGGUCUGACCCAUGACUGAGUACUACGAGGAGGGGGGGCUGCUGUACGAGCAAUCACCUCCCAUGCACAUCAAAGUGGAGUCUCCGGAGGGACCCUUUGGAGGGGGAGCCUCAGAAAACGGCUUCCCCAGGGAGGAUGAGGACUCGGAGGGCAGCUGUGACCAGAACAGUGGAUUACCUGGGGGGCUUCCUUUCAAUGUGGUAGUGGUGCAUCCCAACAUCAUGGCACCGGGCAUGUCCUCAGACGACCUUUUGUCCAUUGAACAAAACAGAGCUAUGUCAGCUGCACUUGCUGCUGGUGGUGCAGGAAAGAGAAAGAGUCGCUUCAGUGGAGCAGAGCUGGAGGUGUUGGUGUCAGAAGUCACGCGGUGUGAAGGAGAGCUCUUCGGUCCUGCGGGGAGGCUCCGGCGUCGAGAGAGAGAGCGCAUUUGGGCAGGAAUCCUAGAGAGAGUCAACGCUGUGUCCAGAGUCCCACGUACCCUUCGAGAAGUGAAGAAGCGCUGGGACGACUUAAAGAGACGCAACGGAGGCAGGCUAGCAGAUGCUCGCCACCGCAGCUGUUACCUGCCAUCCAGCAGAGGGGCCUCGAUGCUCGGGCGUCCUUCUCAGACAAGCCCCAGACUUCAACACGCCAGGCAAAAGCAAAGCGCCAGACCAAAGCCCAGCUUCCCAUGCUUCCCUGACUCUGAUGCAGUUGUAGGAGUGGAAGGAUCCGAGAGAGAUGGUUUGGAGAAAGAUGAGGACAAUCCCGAGCGUGACAGAGACAUGGGAGAACCUGAGUGUGAACCAGAGAACAGCAUGGAGGACAAAUUGGGAUUAGGACUGGGUCUGGGCAUAGGACCACCGCCUCCGUCAGAACGAUGGCUGCCUCCUUCCCCACUCUAUAGUGCUCCUUUCCUUAAUGGCAGCCCUCAGCCCAGCAGCCCUCAGCCAUCACUGGGAGCACAGCAGGGUCCCCUUGAAGCCCCUCUGCGCAGCUCCUGGCUUGAAGAUGAGCUCCGAGGGUUAGGGGAGGCGGCAAUUCAGCUGGGAAAUCGGAUAGAGAAGAGUCUGCGGGAGUUUAGUGAAGGUUUCAGGCAGGACAUGCGAACACUUGUUGCUUCACAAGAGACAUUAGCAGUCAGUCUGCAACAAAACAACGUCCUCUUGCAAAGGCUGUUAGGUGUGCUUGAAGCCCAGCAGCAACCACAGCCACAGCAACAUCGUGUACAACAAGCACACCAAUCACAAACUUCUCAACAGCACUUACAGCCACAGCCAGCUCAGCAGCAGCAGCAGCAGCAGCAGCAGCAGCAGCAGCAGCAGCAGCAGCAGCAGCAGCUGCAACACAUAGAACCACAGCAGCAGCAAAAACAACAACAGCGGAUUGAAGCACCUCUGCAAACACAACUACAACAUCAGCAGCAGCCACAUGUAGUACAACAACAGUCACAACAGCACCAGACACAAAUACAGCAACAGCAGCCGCUGGUCACCCAGCAUUCAAAUAAUCAGCCAGCUGUAGCGGUGGUGCCUGCACCAUCGUCCCCUGACGUACAUGGCACUUUCCCCACCAGUCCACCCACAGACACAAAUGGAAGUGUGCAGAGGCCACGGCGAGGAAGAGCUGCUGAUCACAGGCGCAGAAGACGGCGCUGAGGAGAAAGUGUUUUGAAACUCCAUGUGCACGUCAUGCAAAUAUUUGAUGUUUCAAAAUGUGACAAGAAAUUGCGCUCUUUUUCUAUCAACAGUGUUUCUGUAAAAAUAAACUGAGUUGUUGGAGUUUUACGUCACGCUCCGUACCAGUAAUCCAUCCUGCACUUUACUUUGUCUUCAGAGAGGACUGACGUGGAUAAGAAUUUUAGACACACAAGAUCAUAGGGUGGCCUUAACCUUAGCUUAAUUCUUCAGACAUACAAACACAUUAUUGUGUUAAAAGACUUUCUUGAAAACAGUUGCUCUGUGGAGUGACAACUCCACUCAUGAGACUUUCAAUACCCAGACAACAACAUACCGUAGGUGCUGAUGUUGAAUAUGCAUGUCACUGUACAUGCUUUGCAGAAGAACUGCGAAGCUCACAAUGCUCUCACGAGUUCAGUACCGUCUCAAUUCUCCUGAUACACUAACUGCAUUCUCAUAAAGUACUUGUUAUCUGCAGUUGUUACCAUAUAUUGUAGUUAUACAGCUAUAGUAAUUACCUGCUAAUAUUUGCUUGUGCUUUUUUAACAGUCUCAUGGUACAUCAUUUCCCAGCUUUGGUUGGACAAUAAAGUUAGAAUGUGUUCUGUUCAGUGUGUUUUGAGACAAAAAUAUGACAUUUUAAAGAACUGACAUUUUACAUCACAGUAGGCUUCAGACUUUAACUCAUAUGUUUCUGGUGGAACUUAAAAGCAUACAUGAGUAUGUAGGGGCUAUUUAUUCUAAUCGUGCAUGCAGUAUGAUGGAUGUGUUUGUAGAUAGUUGCAAAGAAACAGCAUAUGGCCAUCAUCUACGUAGUUUUGCACAACGUAUAUUUUGUAGAUAACUACUGUUCUGUUGAUAUGUAACUAAAGUUUAAUAAAAGUCAGAUAUGG